UUUCAAAUAUUUCAAGCCCACAAGUGAGGGGGAGUGUUGGUGAUAUAUAAUUAAAGUUGUGCCUUCAACCACCAGCUUAAGCUUUUGGAUGAAUUGAUGGUUUAAUACCGCUAUCAAUGAUAACUUGACACACUUUACCGUUAAUAGUGCAUCUUGUUCAAGCAUCUUGUUCAAAAAAGGAAAUUCCUUUGAGGUAUUUGUUCAACUGUAGUAGUGAAAAGAAUUCUUUGAACUACACAAGAUAGUUGAUCUUCUUCAUCUGGUGUUGAGAUCUCAUAGAUGUUGUUAUCCGAGUCAUCAACUUCUUGUUCUUCUUCAAUUGUCAAAGUUCUUUGAGGGCACUCGUUGGAGAGAUGUCCUUGUUGUCCGCACCUCAAACAUUUACCCAAAGUAGGACAGUUAUAAACGUUAUCAACCUUAUUUUUUGUAGCAUUUUCACCUGGUUUGGUGGUUGUUAUCUUUGGUGGGUUGUCAUCAUUUUUAGCGGGCUGUGAGGAUGUGGAGGAGAUUUCUUGUUGAAAGUUUCUAAAUGAACUAGUUGGGUUAGUUCUGUGCUGUUUGUCCUAAUUGUUCUUUCUUUGAUAAGUCUUGGUUUUCAUGGUCUCUUCACUGUCUUCAAUCUUGGAAGCCAAGGAGAUGGCAUCUGAAAGAAGUUAAAGGAUGUAAGUUUACAAUAUCCUUAAUUUCAUCUCUUAGACCAUGAAUAAACCUAGAAAUCUGUUGGGGUUUUGUUUCUGGAAGUUUAUUUCAAGCGUUAAGUCUAUAGAAUUCCUCUAUGUAAUCUAUGAUGCUUCGUGAACCUUGGUGACACUGUUGAUACUGAUUGUAAAGUAAUUGCUGGUAGUUGAUGGGUAGGAAUCUCUUCUUCAUUAGAUGUAACAUCUUUGGCCAACUUCUUAUUAAUUGUUUACCGAAGAGUCAUCUGUUAUUUUGUAAUUAAUCCCACCAAGCACUUGCGGCACCUUGGAGUUUGAGAGCAACUAAUCGGACCUUGUGUUUGGAUGUAUUGGCAUAGUCGAAAUUUUUUUCUACAUUCUUGAUCCAAUCAAGAAACUUCUCCAUGUCCAUUCGACCAUUGAAGGUAGGAAGAUCCACUUUCAUAUGUAUUUCUUGAUCUUCUUGAAAAUAUGGUCGAAGACCAAGCCCUCGUUGUGGUUCUUGAUGAAUGUUCAGCAAGCGGUCUUCAUCGGAAGAGUCAGAAUCGUCUAACAAAUGUCUAGUUGGGUUUCUUGGUCCUUCUUGCCUUUCUUGGUUUGCUGCAAUUGGGUUUCUUGGGGGUUAGAUUGCUUCUUCUAAAGAUUGGGCAUGAAAUCGGGUAAAAAGAUUAGUCAAAUCUACUAAUGAUUACUAUAUAUCCGACUGUCCUUUUUGAAGUUCUUCGACAACUUGUUCCUCCAACUGCAAGCGUUGGUCGAAGGAGGCUUCCGCGUCCAUGGUUAUGAGUGAAUAUUGAUGGCCUCCAUCUUCGAUCUGGUAUACCAAGAGAGAAGCUUGCUGAAUUACAUGGGAACUCAUUCAUGGAAACUUGUCCAUCAUGUGGAGCUGAGUAUUUGAGGGAUUUUGAAGUAGAAACUAUCGGAUUGAAGGAUACAUCACGGAGAUGUUCUGAUGCCAAUUGUGGAGCUAAACUAAGGGAUACAGUUCUUGACUGGGAGGAUGCAUUGCCUCCAAAGGAGAUGAAUCCAGCUGAGAGACACUGCAGGAUGGCUGAUAUUGUAUUGUGUCUAGGGACGAGCUUGCAGAUCACUCCAGCAUGCAACCUUCCUCUGAAAUCACUUCGUGGUGGGGGAAAGAUUAUAAUUGUUAAUCUUCAGAAAACACCAAAGGAUAAAAAAGCAAGUUUGGUUAUCCAUGGUCGCGUUGAUAAGGUCAUUGCAGGCGUAAUGGAGAUCCUAAAUAUGCAAAUUCCCCCGUUUGUUAGAAUUGAUCUUUUCCAGAUUAUACUUUCUCAAGGCUUGAGUCUUGAUAAGAAAUUUGUUAACUGGACCCUUCGAAUAUUAAGCAUACAUGGACAGAAAGCUCCAUUACCAUUCAUCAAAUCUGUUGAGAUUUCGUUCUUGGAUAAUCAAGAUUACAAAUCAACUACUUUGCAAAGCCAACCGUUUCUCCUUAAAAGAAGAACGGUAAAGGAAAAGUCAUUUGAAAUGGUUUUGAGGCUCAAUUUCAGCGAAGGUUGUGGUAGUUCACAUGCUGAAAUUAAUGUCCCCGUUGAUUUUAAGGAUCGUGUGACGAAGAAGAUUAUUGGUAGAGGAUAUGAGUCAGGAGGCCUUUAUCUCUUUGAUCAUCAAGUAUCGCAAGCUGUGGCGUGUCCUGUCGUUCCCUCUCCUUUUGAAGUCCAUUGUCGUUUAGGUCAUCCAUCUUUGUUUGUGUUGAAGAAACUUUAUCCAGAAUUUAGGUCUUUGUCCUCUUUAAAUUGUGAUUCGUGUCAAUUUGCGAAAUUUCAUCGUCUUAGUUCGAGUCCUCGAGUCGAUAAACGAGCAAUUGCUCCAUUUGAGUUAGUUCAUUCUGAUAUUUGGGGUCCGUGUCCAGUUGUAUCUCAAACAGGCUUUCGUUAUUUUGUUACUUUUGUUGACGAUCAUUCUCGUCUAACUUGGUUAUAUUUAAUGAAAAAUCGUUCUGAGUUAUUAUCUCAUUUUUGUGCCUUUCAUACUGAAAUAAAAAACCAAUUUAAUGUCUCUAUCAAAACUUUGCGUACUGAUAAUGCGGGUGAAUAUUUUUCUCAUUCUCUUGGCUCUUACUUGUGUGAAAAUGGCAUUAUUCAUCAAUCUUCCUGUGCUGACACUCCAUCUCAAAAUGGUGUUGCAGAGCGGAAAAAUAGGCAUUUACUUGAAACUGCCCGUGCUUUAUCGUUUCAAAUGCAUGUUUCAAAAAUCUUUUGGGUUGAUGCUGUCUCUACAGCUUGUUUUUUGAUUAAUAGAAUGCCUUCCUCUGUUCUUAAUGGUGAGAUUCCCUAUCGUGUUCUUUUUCCUACCAAGCAUUUGUUUCCUAUUGCUCCUAAGAUAUUUGGUUGUGUCUGUUUUGUUCGUGACGUUCGUCCUCAUCAUACUAAGUUAGAUCCCAAAUCCUUGAAGUGUAUCUUCUUGGGUUAUUCACGUGUUCAAAAGGGUUAUCGUUGUUAUUGUCCUACCCUUAAAAGGUAUCUGGUUUCGCCUGAUGUUGUCUUUUUUGAAGAUACACCCUUUACUUCAUCACCAUCGAGUUUGUGUCAGGGGGAGGAUGACAAUCUUUUUAUAUAUGAGGUUACCUCUCCCACACCAUCCUUGUCUACUGAUGUGUCUCCUUCCCGCCCGUUGAUUUCUCAAGUCUACUCCCGACGACCUCCACCACAACCUUCAGACUCAUGUCCUCCAUCAAUGCUUCCUUCAUCAUGUGAUCCAGCGCCAAGUGAUGAUCUUCCCAUUGCUCUUCGCAAAGGUAAACGCAAGUGUACUUACCCCGUUUCUUCCUUUAUUUCCUAUCACCAGUUAUCUCCCUCCACAUAUGCGUUUAUUACGUCUCUUGAGUCCACAUCUAUUCCUAACUCUGUUCAUGAAGCUUUGUCUCAUCCUGGCUGGCAAAAUGCAAUGAUUGAGGAGAUGACUGCUUUAGAUGAUAAUGGUACUUGGGAUUUGGUAUCUCGUCCUGCAGGAAAGAAGGCCAUUGGUUGUAAAUGGGUGUUUGCUGUCAAGAUGAAUCCUGAUGGAACAGUGGCUCGUUUAAAGGCUCGCCUUGUUGCCAAAGGUUAUGCUCAAAUCUAUGGCACUGAUUAUUCAGAUACAUUCUCUCCGGUUGCCAAGUUAACUUCCAUUCGCCUAUUUCUUUCCAUGGCUGCUACCAAUAAAUGGUCGUUGCAUCAACUUGACAUUAAGAAUGCUUUUCUUCACGGUGAUCUUCAAGAGGAAGUUUAUAUGGAACAACCACCAGGGUUUGUUGCUCAGGGGGAGAGUGAUAAAGUAUGUCGCCUUCGAAAAUCUCUGUAUGGUUUGAAACAGAGUCCUCGUGCGUGGUUUGGUAAGUUUAGUCAAGCCCUUGUAUGCUUUGGUAUGAAGAAGAGUACAUCUGAUCAUUCAGUUUUCUAUCGCCGAUCUGAGAAGGGUAUAGUUCUACUAGUUGUAUAUGUUGAUGAUAUUGUUAUUACUGGAAAUGAUGCAUUGGGUAUUUCGUCUCUCAAAACUUUCCUUCAGGGUCAGUUUUAUACAAAAGAUUUGGGCCAAUUGAAAUAUUUUUUGGGCAUUGAAGUGAUGAGAAGCAAGAAAGGUAUUUAUUUGUCUCAACGAAAAUAUGUACUUGAUUUGUUGUCUGAAACAGGAAAAUUAGGCGCCAAACCAAGUGGCACUCCAAUGAUGCCAAAUCAGCAACUUGUUAAAGAAGGAGAAUUAUGUAAAGAUCCUGAGAGAUAUAGGAGAUUAGUUGGGAAGUUGAACUACUUAACAGUGACUCGACCAGACAUUGCAUAUUCUGUAAGUGUUGUAAGUCAAUUCAUGUCUUCCCCUACAGUGGAUCAUUGGGCUGCAGUAGAGCAGAUUUUGUGUUAUCUAAAAGCUGCUCCUGGACGUGGGAUCCUAUACAAAGAUCAUGGACAUACGAGAGUUGAAUGUUUUUCUGAUGCUGAUUGGGCGGGGUCUCGUGAGGAUAGGAGAUCGACUUCUGGAUAUUGUGUCUUUGUAGGUGGAAACUUAGUUUCAUGGAAGAGUAAGAAACAAAAUGUUGUUUCUCGUUCGAGUGCUGAGUCAGAAUAUAGAGCUAUGGCACAAUCUGUGUGUGAAAUAGUAUGGAUUCACCAACUAUUAUCUGAGAUAGGCUUCAGUAUUACCGUGCCAGCUAAAUUAUGGUGUGAUAAUCAAGCUGCACUUCAUAUCGCAUCUAAUCCAGUAUUUCAUGAAAGAACUAAACAUAUUGAGGUGGAUUGUCACUUCAUUCGUGAGAAAAUCCAAGAUGGGUUGGUGUCCACAGGAUAUGUGAAGACCGGAGAACAAUUGGGAGAUAUUCUAACUAAAGCUUUAAAUGGAACAAGGAUAAGCUAUCUGUGCAACAAGCUGGGCAUGAUCGACAUAUUUGCUCCAGCUUGAGGGGGAGUGUUAUGAUAUAUAUAUAUAUAUACAUAUGUCCUUUAUUGUAAUUUUACUUAGUCUCUAGGGUUUAGUUUAUUCUCUAUAUAAAUAUGUAACAUUGCUUUGACUCAAUGAGAAAAAGACAUAUACGUUUCUGAAUUCUAAA